UCUUCAGAGAAGCUAGCUUGAGAAGUACAGUUCGGGAUCCGGGGUUCAUCAUGGCCAAAAAGUAUGCUCACCUACUGUGGAUCGUUCCACUCGUCGGAACGAUCCUUGGAGCGCCGAUCGAAACGCAAGAACCAGAUGAGCAAGUGGCUAGCGAAUUGGAACAGGCUGGAGGUCACUUUGAAGGUGACAUAAUCCUUGACACCACGCAGGAGGAUAUCUUACAAAGCGGACGCACUGCUCUCAUUGGACCGUCCUAUCGGUGGCCAAACUAUACCGUGUACUACAGCAUCCAAACGGGUGAUUUCACUACCGCACAGCAGAACUCCAUCAAGCUAGCUCUGGAAGAGAUCAUGCUCCUCAGCUGCGUAAAGUUCGUCCAGCGAACUAACCAACCGGAUUACGUCAGAGUGACGGGCGAAUACAGCGGCUGUUGGUCCUAUCUGGGCCGGGUCGGCGGUGCCCAGCAGCUAAACCUACAGCCAAAUGGUUGCAUGUCCAAGGGAACCAUCAUGCACGAGUUCCUCCAUUCGUUGGGAUUCGUGCACAUGCAGAGCGCUUCGGAUAGGGACUUUUUUGUGAAGAUUAACUGGGCGUCGAUUCAAGGUGGUAAGGCGGGCAAUUUCGACCGCUACGAAUCAACGGUCAUCAACGAUUUUGGCAUCCCGUAUGACUACGCCAGUGUCAUGCACUACCAAUCCAAUGCAUUCAGCGUGAACGGCUCGCCCACGAUCAUUCCGUACGAGGCGGGAGUCAUCAUCGGGCAACGGGUGGGCAUGAGCUACAAGGACGUCAAGCGCCUAAAUUACCUUUACCCGGACUGCCAUUGAGUGAUGUAGUGCGGGGGGGGUGAUUGAUUGGGUAGAGUUAAGGCAAACUGUGAGCUGUUUCAAUAAAAUAAAUACGAAUAAACUAAGCUUGGUUGUGGGUCACG